CUGCCCUGUCCCUUCCCCAGCUGGCCGGAGGCGUGAUCCUGGGCGUGGCCCUGUGGCUGCGCCAUGACCCGCAGACCACCAGCCUGCUCUACCUGGAGCUGGGCGACAGGCCUGCACCCAACACCUUCUACGUCGGCAUCUACAUCCUCAUCGCCGUGGGCGCCGUCAUGAUGUUCGUGGGGUUCCUGGGCUGCUACGGGGCCAUCCAGGAGUCGCAGUGCCUGCUGGGGACGUUCUUCACCUGCCUAGUGAUCCUCUUUGCCUGUGAGGUGGCCGCCGGCAUCUGGGGCUUUGUCAACAAAGACCAGAUCGCCAAGGACGUGAAGCAGUUCUACGACCAGGCCCUGCAGCAGGCGGUGGUGGACGACGAGGCCAACAACGCCAAGACCGUGGUGAAGACCUUCCACGAGACGCUCAACUGUUGCGGCUCCGACGCGCUGACCACCCUGACCACCUCCAUCCUCAAGAACAACCUGUGUCCCUCCGGCAGCUCGCUGUUCACCAACCUGCAGGCGGACUGCCACCAGAAGAUCGACGACCUCUUCUCCGGGAAGCUGUACCUCAUUGGCAUCGCGGCCAUCGUGGUCGCCGUGAUCAUGGUGAGUGGGCGGGUGGGCGCCUUCCCUGCCCCCUCC